UUCACGUUCGUCUUCAUCAUCAUCAUCAUCAUAAUUAUCUAUUUCCAAACCCUAGCCGCUAUUAUUUCCCCGACAGAAACAAUUUAAUAGAAAAUCAACGGCGGGGGUACAGAUCCUCACUGGUUUAGUCUCGUUUGCCAUUCUUAACCACCUUUAACCUCCAAUAUUUUCGUCUGAUUGAAGAAUCCGGUUGCACUUUGCAAGGUCCGACUCAGAUCCCGUGUCGGGUCGGGUAGGAAGACCCGAAAUGGAGAGUCCGGGUAAGAGAGCAGGGAGUCCGAAGCGCAGUGGUAGUCCAAUUUCUGAACAUCAACGAAGAAGGAAAGAUGAUGAAAGGGAUUUAGAUAGGGAUUCUGAGUAUUCAAAUAGACAUCCUGAUCGAUAUUCCUCCAGGAGCUCUUCUACUAGGCAUGACGAAUACAGCAGGCGCGAUGAAGAGAGGCGUCGAGAUUCUAGGUUUGCUGGUUAUUCUGAUAUCGUCCGAGAUGAGAGUAGAGACAAUUUGCGAAACGCUCGCGGUAAAUAUGGAAGUUCUUGGCAUGGAAGCAAGGAUUAUAGAGCUAGCAAACAUAAUUCUCAAGAUAACGAUAGGGAUCGGUACAGGCGGGAUAGAGAUGUUCGUGAUGAGAAAAGGGAUUACCAUAGGAGUUCUGGAGACCACAAAAGUUAUCGAAAUAGAGAUUCUUAUGAGAAUAACCAAAGAGAACUAAAGGAUACCGACAAGGAGAAGGAUCGGUACGAUAGAGUAUCACAAGGAGAUAAAUCAAUUUCUGGGAGUGGAAAUCAAGAAUCAGUACCCAAAAGGCCUAAGCUAUUUACUUCUGACUGGGAUGUUCAACAUUCAAAAGAUGCCAAUGAAACACUAAAACAAGUCGACGAGGUUGUCCCUGCACAGCAGUUCCAUGCUACUAAUUCAGAAGCUGCUAAUGAUCUCAAUUCAGCAAAAGUUGCUGCAAUGAAAGCUGCUGAAUUAGUUAACAUAAACCUUGGUGGGGUUGGUUUUAUGUCCACUGAGCAGAAGAAAAAGCUUCUCUGGGGGAGUAAGAAGAGCACAAGUUCAGAAGUGUCUGCCCGUCAGUGGGAUACUGCACUCUUUGAUGAUAAUGAGAGGCGAGAUAAGUUCAACAAACUCAUGAGUCUGAGGUUGCAUUGGUGCCUAUGGCCAAAUGUAGGGUGUGAAGGGCGACGUGAAGGCAGAUCAGAAAUCCAACACAGAAGAUGGCGAUGGUCGUCUUCAAGCAGAGAAGCAAAAGGAAGUCCAGUUGGAUUUAGAGAAGCAGUACACUGCUGGUCUUCGACGGAGAGAUGGCCGCACUGUCGGAUUAGGCCUUUAAUUGUCUUUCUAAGAUUACUUUGCACUCGCACCACAAUGUUUUCUAAUAUUUUGUUGUACCCAUAUGCGAUAAAUAUGAUUCUCAUGGCUUUUAGACCCAGUGAGUGUAAUUUGCAAUUUGUUACUGACCAUCUUACUCUUUUGCAGAUUGGCCACCGGUAUUGGGUGUGCGAAAAACCAACUAAUCAAAUUGAUAAUUUCGAUUUAGUGUGGUUUGAUAUUUUUUUAAUUUGGCUUUUAAUUUGGUUUGAUUUUGGCAAAAAAUAACAUAUCUACUUCAAAAUAAUCUGUAUAUAUGCCUUCUUCAUCUAUUUCAAAAUAAUAUGCUUAAUUAACUAA